AUGUCAUUAUCUGAAUUUUUCCAAAGACAGGCAGCAGCAUCAUCUUUAGCUUUAUUUGAUGAGAAAUGUAUUGAUGAUAAUAAUAAUAAUGUUUUUUUUCCAGAAUUCACUCUUAAAAGUGACACUACUAUGCAGGAAGAUGAAGAUUUUGAGCAUUUUCUUCAUCUUCUUGUUCAAAGCUAUAGUGGAACAACAGAGAAAAUCAAUAAUGCUAAUGUCGAAUUAGAUGAUUUAUAUAGCGAAAACACUUCAUAUUGUUUAUUUCUUGCAUCAAGAGCGAUUCUUCAGAAUGGAAACAAUGAAAACAUAUCAGUCGUAUCAUUAUCAUUCAUAAAAUCAGCAACAUCACCUCGACGUCGUUUUGGAAUACUAAAUAUCAAAAGUAUUUGGGAAUCCGAAGAUUUUACACCAAUUAGAGAAUCUAUCAAGCAAGCAAUCAUCUUAUCUAUAAACAGUUCUAGCAUUCUCGUUCGAAAUAUGGGCUCAGUUGUUCUAGCUCAAGUUUUACGAAUCGAAGGUGAUAAAUGGUAUGAUAUUUUCAAUACAAUACUUAAUGUCGCUACAGAUGAACGUGGCGAAACGGGUAGAUUGUGUGUAAUUACAAUUCUCCAAGAAAUUUUAAACUUAGAUUUGAAAAUAAAUUUUACUCAAUUUCAGCAAUUUUUCAGCCUCGUUUCAUAUUCUCUACAUGAAGACAGUGAAGCCGCAAUCCCUGGCAUGAAAGUAUUAUGCUCCCUUAUCAAACAAUUUCCAAAUUAUUUUAUAAUCGCGGAACCAGACACUUUAGAGGUUUCUAACAUGGAGAAACUCGAUGAAGUGUUCUUAAUCAUCGCUCAUUUCAUCGAAUCACCCGAAUCAGACAUAGUUUUACACGCAUCUUUGAUUAUGACCGAAAUCAUGAAAACAUGUUAUCCAUUUCACCAGUUUUUCAUGCAGGACAAGAUACUCGAGCUCAUCAAUACACUUCUAUCGAAAGAAGACCCUUCAAUGGCUGUUUAUGGCGCAUAUUCCCUGAUGUUGUUCAAACUCGAAGCUCCGACCAAAAUAGUACAGCAAACGUUGUCCAAUUACGUACAGUUCGUCCCUGUGCUUCUAUAUUCCCUUAAAAGAGAACCCGAAGAACCAGAAAAUUUAUCAAAAAAAGAUCGAAUACAUGCGGUCAUAACAAUCGCAUUACAAGCAUUUUGGGAGGCUGACAGUAGCGAAAUGCUGCCUUACAUCGUAGAAUUCUUCCACGAAAACGUAAAUGAUUCGUCAAAUUUGACAGAAAAAUACGCUGGGUAUUUAUCGGUAGUCGCAACAUGUUCGUCAAGAGACCCAUCCCCUCUUGAGAAUUCCGAGAGCUAUCAGUCGUUUAUUCUUGAAGUUAUUGAAAGUAUAAAUAUUGUCGGCCACGAAGGGGAGUUGUUGCUUGUAUAUACGAUGCUUGGCUUGAUACCUUUAGUGAUACCGAAAAUAACGACUCAGAUCGCUCAGGAUGGCAUUUUUUUCAUGAUUUACAAUUUGUGUAUUAAUGCGCUUCAAUUGCGUGAUUCUAGGAUCUCGAUUAAGGUAUUUGAUAUAUUGUCGACUGUUAUUCAGUACGUUCCGCAGAGUUAUAUCCUUCAAUGGUGGAAUAAUUUUUAUGACAUCAUUUUACCGGCCAUGGAUCAACAAUUUGGGUAUGAUUCGACAACUAUGCCGUUUGUAGCUAUGGAAUAUUUAGUUGAUGCAAGUUCUGAAGCACAAAACGAAAAAUUAGCAGAAUUAGCAGCUCAUUCCUUCGAAGUCAUAUCAGAAUUCAUGCAGAAUACGGUAGACAGACCUGAUGGCAUGCAAAAUAAAGCAAUUGGCUACUUAAGAGUUCUCAAAAAAAUCGUUGAUCAAUGUCCAAUAGAAAAUUUGAUAGAAAAUGUAAAGUCUAUCGUCCUCAUGUUAUUGAAAGCGAGUCGAAAUAAUGAUUUGCAAAGUGAUGCAUUUCCUGCAUUAGAAAGCUGUCUAAAGAAGAUAGAUACUAAUAUUAUGAUGGAAUUCAUGGAUCCUAUAAUUGUUUUGUUGAAAGAAUUCCUCAGAUCAAUGAAUCCGACUGAAAUUAAGUUGGCAGCCCACAUGUAUGGUGUCUUCUUCGAAUGUUUUAAGACCGAUGCCCUUGAUUACCUCGGUGAAGAUUUUAAUAUGAUGUUACAGCAGGUAGAGAACUUCGGAGAGGAUCCUUUCGAACUCGCUCCAGCAUUUUUGCGUACGAUAGGCACGGUUUUGUCCUCAUUACAGAGAACAACUCCGAUCGAAAUUAUUGAAAACUUUUUCCACGUGAUGGAAGAGCUGUUUUCAAUCUAUGUCAACAAGAAUUCGAAGGUAGAAGUUGAAUACGCAUGUAAUCUAUACAAUGGACUCGUUGCAGGCAUAAAAGGAGUUGCACAAGCAGUAUCUGACGAUAUAAUCCAAGAUUUAGGCUUCAGGAAGAGUCUGAAGACACUCAUUGAUAAGAUAAUCAAUGCAAUCAUCAAUUUCAGGGAUAAAAACGUCAGCGAAGAAUUAAUUUUACAAUUUGUUGCUGAAAAUGAUGGAUUGAUAUAUAUCUUGCUUUCAGACAGAUUAAAGAGUAAGAUGACAACAUUUCUUCAUUCGUGCGGACUUAAAUUUAUUGAAUAUGCUGAUGAAAAGUUUGAUGACUUCAAUCACCCUGAAAUGAAAGAACAGAUAAGAAAGGCAAGGACUCUUAUAAAUUCACAUUAA